AUGACAAAGACGCACGUCGAUAUGCCACCCCAGGUGGAUGCUCCUGUUCUUGUAGUCGGCGCCGGCCCCAUCGGAAUGGUGACGGCCUUCCAGCUUGCAAAACGGGGCAUUCGAGCGGUUCUUGUGGGGCGCAACCUGGAAACUACGAAAUGGCCCAAGAUGGAUAUCACCAACCCUCGGUCAAUGGAGCUGCUCCAGCGUCUAGGGCUUUCAGAGCGGCUACGAGAGAUAGGUGUACCUGCGCAGUUUUCGUUUGACUGCAUUUUCAGCACUGGACUGUCUCCUGGGGGACAAGUUCUGGCAAAAUGGGAUCUACCGUCUCCGGAUCAGCAAGCUGCGCAAAUACGAGAGAACCGCGACGGGACGAUGCCGCACUACGCCUGGCAGAGAUGUUCUCAAUCGAUCUUCGAAGCCUAUUUAAAGACUCUGAUCCAAGAGGAGCCCCUGAUUGAAUCCUACUUCGGGAUGAAAUUCGAAACGAUCACCGAGUCGCCGGAAAAGGUUCUCUCGACUGUAACCAACGUGGUUACGGGAACGAAACACGUUAUUGAGAGCCAAUACGUCGUUGGCUGUGAUGGCGCCAGUAGUCGCGUGCGAACCUCUGCCGGAAUCAAGCUUACCUCGUCCCAGAUAUCGGGGUACCGUCCCGUCGAAUCUGUACCGACACUUCUUGUUCACCUGAAGUCCAGCGACCUUGAAGUUCUUCAUCGCCAGGGUCAAUUCUGGCACCUUUUCCUGUCGAAAGGGGGUGUGGUGAUCAGUCAAGACGAGAAAGAUACCUGGACCAUCCACACUCCCAUGCCUCCCGACACGGACAUUGCCGAUAUCGACCUCGAGCAAGCCGUUUAUGCUGCGCUCGGAGAUUCGGGUCCUCCGCAGCCGAUAAGAAUCGACAAAAUACUGGUUAGUAGCACAUGGAGGGCGAGCUUGGGUGUUGCGGAGCAAUUCCGCUCAGCCGAGAAGCGCAUUUUUCUGGCGGGCGAUUCAGCUCACCAGAACAUCCCAUUCGGUGGGUAUGGCAUGAAUACUGGGAUCGGAGAUGCAUAUGAUAUCGGAUGGAAGCUUGCGAUGUUUCUGAAUGGCCAGGGCGGCGAACGGCUACUCGAAUCGUACGAAGCUGAGCGACGACCGGUCGCCGUGCGUAACGUCGCGAUGUCCGGUCGACAUGCUCAGGUUCACAUGGAUUAUGCGGGGUGGGUUCGGCAGGCACGCGAAGGGGAAGCCUGCGAUGAUAGUCCUGAAGGACAGGCACUUCGGGAACGCAUCCGAAGCCAUGUGCCUGCCAACGACGGGGAGAAUAGAAGUUUGGGAAUUGAGAUGGGGUUCAGACUCAGCUCCUCGAUCAUCCUUUUGGAAGAGGAUCCAGGAAACGAGCCGAGGUGGAGUGAGCGGGACUACGUUGCGACUACAUGGCCUGGCUCUCGAGUGCCAAAUAUCAUGCUAAGUGAUGGAGUGGCUAUUCACGACCGCCUUGGACCCGGCUUUACACUAGUCGACUUUACACUUGAUGGGGUCUAUGCAAAUGAAUUCAACAGGGUAACCCCCCAGGCCAAGAACAGGCUGACUGUUGUGCAUUUGCCCCAGGAGACCACGGCCCGGAAGGUGUGGGAGAGAUCUGCUGUUUUGGUGCGCCCUGAUAUGCAUGUGGGUUGGCGCAGUGGGGAGACGGAGAGACCUUAG